AAACCAAAAAUCUGUCCAUAAAUCUAAGAAUUUUAAUCUAAUCUAAUCUUCUCCCUAAUCUGAUUUGAUUUUAAUGAAAUUAAUCUGUAAAUAAUAAUAAUUUAAUAAUUAAAAAAUUAAGGGGAAGGACAUCGAUAGCUCCACUUUCUUUGUUUCGCGGAAGCUUCGUCUCCAUCAUUAAACAAAAGAAGAAUCUCUGAAUCCAUUCAUCAGAUCAGAGGUUCCCCCGUCAACGUCCAUCUCUUUUCUUCCUGAUUUCUUCUUCUAAUUACAAUAUUAUUAUUCUCACUCCAUCUCUUUGAUUUUCCGUUGAACCCUGAGAAAAUUUAAAAACAAGAAGAUUCACUCUACACAAACCUCCUUUUCCUUCCAUCUUCAUCUUCUUGUCCCUGGCUGUGAUUUUGUGUUCCUUUUCCCUCUCUAUUGGGUCCGAUUCAGAUGGGAGCUAUUGAGGAGAAGACGAAUCUAGAAACAGAAGAUGAUGAGAUCCCUCUUAGAUUAGAUAACAAUAACAUUCAUCAUUACGUUUCCUCAUCCCCAACAGCAAGAAAGAUUCAUGCCUUUGAUACAUCAUCUCAUGUCGCAUCUCUUGUGGAUAUACCCUAUAGUGCCACUGCUAGUUAUUACUCUUCCUCUAAGAGAUUGCGCAAUAGAGCGCUUAUGAGUAUUUACAUUGUGUUGAUCAAAGCAAAGAUUAAUGUCCUGUUGCCAUUUGGUCCACUUGCAAUCAUUCUACACUACACCACUGGAAAACAUGGUUGGGUGUUCUUCCUCAGUUUGGUGGGUAUAGCACCUUUGGCUGAGCGUUUAGGAUAUGCCACUGAGCAAUUGGCAUUCUUCACAGGACCUACUGUUGGAGGCCUUUUAAAUGCUACAUUCGGAAAUGCUACUGAGAUGAUAAUAUCAUUAUAUGCUCUGAAGCAAGGAAUGAUAAGAGUAGUUCAACAGUCAUUGUUGGGUUCUAUCCUGUCAAAUAUGUUGUUAGUGCUUGGAUGCGCCUUCUUCACCGGAGGGCUCGUGCAUAGCAACAAAGUACAAACCUUUGAUAAGGCAGGUGCAGUGGUGAAUUCAGGAUUACUCCUGAUGGCUGUCAUGGGUAUAAUGUUCCCAGCUGUGCUUCACUUCACACACACAGAAAUCCACUUUGGGAAAUCUGAGUUAGCUCUUUCAAGAUUUAGCAGCGUGAUUAUGCUGAUUGCUUAUGCUAGCUACCUCUUUUUCCAACUGAAGAGUCAAGAUAAUCUUUAUAAGCCUACUCCUGUAGAAGAGGUAGAGGAGGAGCAAAAGGAAGAAGAGUCUGACAAUGAUGAGGCGCCUGAGAUAACACUAUGGGAAGCAAUUGGAUGGCUAGGUGUUUUAACUCUUUGGAUUUCCGUUCUUUCUGGAUACCUGGUUGAUGCGAUAGAGGGAGCAUCAGACUCAUGGAAUAUGCCAGUGGCAUUUAUCAGUGUCAUUUUGCUUCCUAUUGUAGGAAAUGCUGCAGAACAUGCAAGUGCAAUCAUGUUUGCCAUGAAGGACAAGCUUGACAUCACUUUAGGAGUUGCAAUUGGAUCUUCUACACAGAUAUCUAUGUUUGUGAUUCCCUUUUGUGUUGUUGUUGGUUGGUUUAUGGGGAGACCGAUGGACUUGAAUUUUCAACUCUUCGAGACUGCCACACUAUUUAUUACCGUGCUAGUUGUGGCAUUUAUGUUGCAGGAGGGCACUUCCAACUAUUUCAAAGGGCUGAUGCUUAUCCUUUGCUAUCUUAUAGUUGCUGCAAGUUUUUUCGUUCAUGUGGACCAAGCAAAUGAUGAGUGAAGCUAUGAGCAGCGAUGGCCGUGCAUGAAGAACCAAAGUGGCGAGUAUCUUAUUAUUCAGGAACCCAGGCAGAAUGAUUUGUUUCAGGCCCAUUCACUCAUUUCCUUUUUCUGCCAGAUUGCAGGUGGCAUCAAUGUUGAUUCUAUACAGGGUACGAAGAUUAUGUAAGGAGAAAGGCAUGUGUUCUCUUUCUCUCCCGGUUUUGUAUCAGAUGUCUGAAUUUUUGUUUUUAUGGAGGAGAGUUUCGCAUCCCUUUGCUCAAGCAACGUAACCCCUCUAUGAUUCUUUCCUGACGAGGAUGAUGGGUUUGCUUUCUCAUGUAUCUAUAGAAGUAGAACAACCCCUCUUCCACUGCCAUUUUCCUCUAUGGAAAUCUGUUGUAUCAUGUACUCUUGAUAUUUAAUUUUAUCUCCUUGGUCAGAUAUUGAAGAUUAUUGCUACGAGCAUCAAUGAAAAUCAAAAUAUCCUUGCUGUUGA